GUUGUGGCCAAGAUGGCGCGUAACCCAGUGGAGUUGGAGGUUGCUCUGGACUCGGAUCCGGCCGGGGAUCAGGAGGAUAAAGAGGUUUUGAGACGAUGCAGAGGAAGACCCAGACUCACGGACUCAGACCGGGCUCAGAGGCGCCUGGAGUCCCGGAAGAAGUACGAUGUUCGGCGGGUUUACCUGGGAGAGUCGCACAAGCUGUGGAGCGAAGUGAGGAGGAGAACCAGCCUGAGUGAUGCUGGGCUGGCAGAGUAUCUGAUCCUGCUCAACAACACUUAUGGAGAGAAGUACCAGCAGGAGUACUGCGGGAAGAAGAUUGCUCCAGAAGUCUCAAUUAAACAGAAAAAAGGCAGGAAGGACCGGGUGUCCAGCCUCCAGAGCCUGGUCAGCUGGUACCAGGAUCACUGCCGCUCCUGCCCUCACGAGCCCCAGCUCAGAGCCCUGGAGCCUCAGAUCAACUUCUCCACCGCCGCUAUCUGGCAGUGCGACUCCAACCACUCCUUUGUGCAAUACUUGUUCUCCCCACCGAGGGAGGCCAGUGACUCUGAACCUGAGGAGGGAGUGAUGGAAGAGGAAGAGGAGGAGGAGGAAGAAGAGAGGGCGGAAAAAACAGACGUGGUGGUGGCUAAAGAAGUAGUGAGCAGGAAGAGAAGAAAAGACGCUCACAAACAGUUUAAAGAUGUGAGAGAAAAUGUUUCUGAAGGACAACAGUCACCCAUGAGCCCGAUAGAAGAAGCUGCAUCUGUAGACCAGCAGCCCAGAGAAGAGGCCUCCUGUGGGGAUGUUCCACUAACAGGACAGCCUGUGUGGGAGAUGGAGAUGGAGCAACAUCCAGGCUCCCCUGCUGAAGAGUUUCCAUCGGACGAGGAGGCGGAGGAUCUGAGGCAAGACAGAGAAGAAGAAGAAGAAGAAGAAGAGAUUAGGACGGUGCCUCACGGAUACGACUGUGUAACAGUGACGCAGUCUUUAAUGGAUAAACUGGAAAAGACGAGAGAAGACUCGUUGCUGUCUCAGAGCGGUUCAGUUGGAUCGGAGCUUUCUGUCCCGUCGAACAUCCCAGAGCAGAGCGAGAUGUUCGACCCUCACUCUCUGCAGACGGUGGUGAGCAGCUGUGAGAUCCCCGACCAGAGGAACACUUUGGGAGGAGCGCAGUUAAUCAUCAUCACCGGCCCCAGCUACGAGGCCCUGGCUUCAGAGGGCAUCCAGCUGAAUAUGGGCGGAGGAAACGUGGAGGAGGUCACCUGCACCGUCAUCGGGGGGGUCAGCUACAACCAGGUGUGCUCGUCGGACUCAAAUCCCAGAGCGGAGGAGGAGGAGGAGGAAGAGGAGGAGGAGGAAGACUCCAUGACAGGUUUGAGUGACAAACAGCUGCUGCAGCCCGCUGAGGACUCUCUGGAUCUGAGCAGUGACCGAGAGCUGCAGCGCAGUCUGAGCAGCGUCCGGUCAAAGAGAAACAGACGAGGCCCGGUCAUCGAGGCGGACGGGAUGCUGAAGAUGUUCCACUGUCCGUACGAAGGCUGCAGUCAAGUCUACGUAGCUAUCAGCAGCUUUCAGAAUCACGUGAACCUAGUCCACAGGAAAGGGAGGACAAAGGUCUGUCCUCAUCCAGGCUGCGGGAAAAAGUUUUACCUGUCGAAUCACCUGCAUCGACACAUGAUCAUCCACUCAGGAGUCAGAGAUUUCAUCUGCGAGACGUGCGGGAAAUCGUUUAAGCGCAAGAAUCACCUGGAGGUCCACAGAAGGACUCACACAGGAGAAACACCGCUACAAUGUGAAAUCUGUGGGUACCAGUGUCGUCAGCGAGCGUCUCUGAACUGGCACAUGAAGAAGCACACUUCAGAGGCUCACUACAACUUCACCUGCGAGUUCUGCGAGAAGAGGUUCGAGAAACUGGACAGUGUUAAAUUUCACAAACUAAAGAGCCACCCGGACAAACUGGCAACGUGAAGUGUUCAGAAACCUGAUGAUGGGACUUAAAAAUGAACAGAACGGCCGUCAAAAACCAAAGGAAGACUUCCAGUAAAGAGACUUUGCUUUGCUUUGCUGUGUUUGUCUGGCCUCUCAUGUUCAGGAUAAUAUGAGUAUCCACUGUAAAACACACAAUAAGUGGAUAAACAGCUGUGCAGGACACAAGCUAAUUCAGAGUAGGCAUAUAGGGCCAAAACAGGGGUUCUGAACAUGUUUCGUACAUUAACAGCUCAAUCAUACUUUAAAAAAAUCAUUUUAUAAACCAUUACAAGACAAAAAUCAAGAGUAAAAAUGUAAUAAAUGGCUGAUACAGGGUGUUUGAGGGCUCAGACAUCAGCUUCCAACUUUAGCAUUGGUCGGCUAACUAGCUUACUACCUGAAAUAGUAAUCCAUUGUUACUUUAAAUAGCAGCUGUAUCUACUAUUAUUGUAAGUUGUUGUUAAAAAAAAAAAGAGCCUGUUCACAACUAGCACAUCCACAGUGCAGUAUUUCCCCACUGUGUGGGAGCCAGUCCAGGAUGCUACUGUAGCUAGGCUAACGUUAGCUCCUUGACCCUGGUUCUUCUUGGAAGCUAACUUGGUAUGCCUGAAAGAGUUUUGUUAACUAAAUACAUUGGCUACUUCUCAUUCUAAAAGCCUUUUAUUUCAAUGGUCAAAGUAACAUUUAAGAAAUAUUUUAAUCAUCAUAAAUCCAACCACUGUUUUGCUUGUUAGCUUAGCAGCUAACGCUUAAUAAUCAAUGUUCAACAAUAAUUCAAAUACUAGGACUUAAGAAUAGAAAAAUGCUGUUUCUUUAUUUUCUAUGUAAUAUUGCUAAAUAUUAUACUUUAACUGGUUUCUUAUUUUCAUAACGAGUCAGUUUAAAACAUGAAAUAGUCGAUUGAAGAUGGUGUUUCUUUAGCUAGCUUAUGUAGCUAACGUUAGCUUGAUUCAUAAUAAUAAUAAUAAUAAUAAUAAUAAAUGAUAUUUAUAUAGCGCCUUUCAAGGGACCCAAGGUCGCUGUACAUGGUGGACAAACAGACAAUCAAAGGGCAAACAAAAAAUAAAGGAAGCCGCGGGACCAAGAAAGGGCUAGGGCCCGAAGGCCCAUAGCUAGCUAGCUAUAUCUGAUCAAAUCUUUCAGUGACAGCAAUAAUUUCAGCCGGUUUAAUUUGCUGUUGAUGGCUAGAAGUGGGAAUCAUCCUUUCUUUUACCUCUGAAUGAAAUAUACAGGCCAUUGUUUUGAAAAAUGACAAAGAAUCUUGAGUUGGGAUUUGGAUACCAUUUUUUUAUUUAUUAAUUAAAAAUGUGAAAUAUUUUUUGGAAAGUGCUCUGAUUUGAAGAUUAAUACCUCCAAGAAAGAUAAUUGAUAACAUUUCAGUUGAAUGGGUUAUUUUUUAAAUAUUCUUGAAAUUAAGGCUGUGAAAUUAAAUUAAUGAUGUUUGAGAGUUGUUGUGUGUUGCACUACGCUACUCGUACUGACAUGUGUAGGAUCUUCCAUUUUGGUCAAAAAUGUUGUUUUGUGAGCGUAAGGCAAAUACUUUGCCUUACAUUUUCCCUCUCAAUCUGUUUUCAUUGUCCCAUUGACAGUUCCUCAGGAAAACCCACCUCAGUCCUCUUUUGUCCUGCCUGUACUUUAGUUUCCAAAGCACUUUUUGUUAACUGAUGAAUCACUAAAAUAUGCCAGUAUGACCUA